GUUGGGAAAGGACUCGAGUCCUCAUCUCGCAAUUUGCAACAGAUCAGACUGCAGCUUGGAGACGGCCCUCCAAGUCCCGCCGCCGCCGCCGCCGCCGCCGGCGACUAUGCCAUUGGCGACCCUGCCAUCUUCCUCCGCCGCCGCCGUCGCCCAUCUCCGGCGACCCACACACCACCUCGCUUAUGUUAAGGUCCCUCUCUUUAUUACUCCUCCACUCAUCGGUCCCCGCCAGGCCGACCCCAUCUAGACUCCUCUCUUCCGCCGCCGCCGUCUCCGCCUCCGCAUCCGGUGCCCUAGGCGGCGGCGGCGGGCAUGGAACCGUCUCCGCAGUGCUGGAGAUCGUCGGCCCAAUCGAACUCCUCUUCCCGGCCUCCGAGGCGCGCCUCUACGUGCGCCUCGUGCGGCGCUGCGCGCGCGACGCCCUCGCCGCGGGCACCGCCGCCGCCCACGCGCACGUAGUUAAGCGCGGCUUCGCUCCUGACGUGCUCGUAUCCAACGUCCUGCUGGACUCGUAUGCCAAAGGCGGUUCCUUGGCGGCCGGACGCCAACUGUUCGACGAAAUGCCUCACAGGGACGUCGUGUCCUGGUGCACCGUCAUUGCCACGCACGCCAGCCGUGGGCUCUUCGUUGAGGCAAUUGGGCUGUUCAAAGAGCUUUUAUCCUCUGGUCAGGUGAAGCCAAACCAGUUUGUUAUCUCGUCGGUGCUGAAUGCCUGUGCCAGGUCUGGUGUCAUGGAGCUCGGACUUAUGGUGCAUGGAUUGGUGGUCAAGUCUGGCACGGGUGUUGAUAGGUUUGUGGAAGUUGGAUUCGUCGACAUGUAUGCGAAAUGUGGCAAUGUGGGUGAUGCUGUUAGGCUGUUCAAUGAAAUUCCAGUGAAGAGCUCUGUUGCUUGGAAUGCAAUGAUUUCGGGUUUUGUCGAGAAUGGUUGUUUCAUGGAGGCUGCUGAGAUUUGUCGAGAUAUGCAUCGAAUUGGCAUGGCAAUGGAUGUGGUGACACUGAGGGUAGUUGCUGGUGUUGCUGCUAUUCUAGGAACGUUUGAGCUUUCUAGAAACAUUCAUGUUUACGCACUUAAAGUUGGGUUGGGAACAGAUUGUUUUGUUGUGUCUGAAUUGAUCAAGUCAGCCGGGAGGGUAGGUGAAACUCAGUACAUUGGGAAGCUUGUUGCUGCAGCUAAAAGGCGUGAUGUGUCUUUGUAUUCUUUGGCUAUCUCAAACUAUCACUCAAACGGUUGUCAGGAUGAAGCGGUGAGACUUGCAGAAGAUCUUCUUUCUUCAUGUCUCAGUUUAAGGGAAGGAGACAUGGUUACAGUGCUAGGCAUAUGUCAUGUAAAAGAGGAGGUUCAGCAAAUGCAUGCUUUUACUUUGAAAACAGGAAGGUUCUGUUAUAUUAAUAUAUGCAAUGCUCUUAUAUCAGUAUAUUCUGAUAUUGGGUCACUGAUACAAGCGGAAUCGAUCUUCAAAACUACACAGUCACCAGAUAUUGUAUCAUGGGCUGCAGUCAUGGCAGGCUGCGUCAAGAACCUUCAAUUUCAAAAAGCAUGUGGUUAUUUUAGAGAGCUAAGCAACACUGGAGCACCAUCAGAUCAGCAUUGUGUUGCUACUAUCAUAAAUGCCUGCACAGGUCUUCAGGACUUGGAUAAGGGAAGGCAGAUUCACUCUUUAGCUCUUAAACUUGGGCUACUGCUUGUUGAUUUCGUCAGUGCAUCCCUACUAAACAUGUAUGCAAAAUGCCACUGCAUUGAGGGUGCUGCUGAGUUAUUCUCCCACACAUUGUUUCCACGAAAUUUAGUUGUAACUAAUGCCAUGCUCUCUGGAUAUUGCUGGAAUUUCCUGCCAGAGAAAGCGCUUCUGCUCUUUUGCAGGGAAUACUAUUUUGGUCUGCGUCCUGAUCAUUUCACCUUCUCAACUGUUCUUAGUGCAUGUGCUGAUAUAGGAGCAAAGGAGGCUGGUGAGCAGAUCCAUGGCAACCUUGUAAAGAUUGGUUCGGAAUACUUGGAUGUCAUUGUUGGAAAUGCUAUCAUAGACCUUUAUGUCAAGUGUGGGUGCAUUGCUAGUGCUUGUAGAUUUUUUCAUAGCAUGAAGAGUUGGAACAUGAAUUCAUAUGCCAUGUUAAUGUUAGGUUAUAUUCAGAAUAGAUGCAGUGAUGAAGCUCUUCAACUUUUCUCAAAGAUGCAGCAUAGUGGAUUGCAUGCAGAUCGUGUCACCUUUGCAAGAAUCCUACGGGGAUGUGCUGAUCUAUGUGCUAUUGAUUUGGGAAGACAACUGCAUGCUUCCAUUAUAAAGAUGGGUCUGAUUUCUGAUGUAUAUGUUGCAAAUGCACUUGUAGGAAUGUACAAAAAAUCUGAUGUUUGGACCAAAUCAAGAGGAAACACUCAAGAAACUUCAGCAAGAAAUGAUCUGGAACAGGAUACCAGAGAUAAUUGCUAUUCAGAACAAAUGUAUGCAAGCAACACUCUUGAAGAAAUUGGAUUCUUCACAUUGGAUGAGAAGAUAGACCAUGAAACUUUUGCUGAUGCACAGAAGAACUACAUUGGUGCUGCUUCUCAAUUCUAUGGAACUCCAAUUCCCCUCCAUGUGGUUGGGCAUAAACUUAGGAUUGAUACUAUCGUUCGGAAUGGAAGGAGUGUCAGGUGCAAUGAAAGUAAGCUCUUGCUAAACUACAAGAAUGCCGGCUAUCAGGGAAAUGGAUGUGGAUCUGUUAAGUUGUUUAACUUGUUACAGGAGGACAGCACUAAAUCUGACCAAUUGGUCCUCGUUGUUUUCAUUGAUAAUGGAAAUUCAAAGAUGAAGGAUGCAGGGUUUGUUAAUGUGGAACUAGUGAGAAAAUCUGGUGAUGUUCCAGCACUUGGUUUCCCUCCCUGACAAACUAUAGUGCAGGAUAAAAAUUAUAAAUUGGACCUGCCGUCAUCAUGCAGCAGAACCAAACUGGCUACAUAUUGGAGAGACAUGUGAGGAAAACCAACUAUGAACAUAGCUCAGAGUCCACGCAUCAGAAACUUCUCAGAUAGAUGAGUGAACUUCACAUGAUGCACUUUCUUUCAAUAUAUCUGUGCAUUUAGAUGAGUGAUCUUUAUAGCAUCUUCAAGCAAACCAAUUGCUGCCCUGGAACGAUGGAAUUCAAUAUAUCUGUGCAUUUAGAUGAGUGAUCUUUACAGCAUCUUCAAGCAAACCAAUUGCUGCUCUGAAGUUUUUCCGAUCGCUGGAUGGUUGAGUUGCAUGGAAGAAUAGAUUUAGAACAUUAGCCGGGGACACCCUCUCAAGCAUUUCCAAGAGAGGAGGAAUUAAGCUGGGAAAAUCAGCUUGAGCUUCAAACAUUGAUGUGCUGGCAUUACACUUGCAUGAAAAGGAUGUUACAACAGAUGGAACAAGUUUGGUCGUGCUUAUUCCUAGCCAUCAUCAGUGGCCUGAAGAUACCUGCAGCGUCACUCUGUGAAACACCACUUAUGUUCUACUGCACGUAUCCGAAGCAAGAAACAUCAGUGCACUUUUUCCCCACCAUAUCAUCUAACUGGCAUGCACCUUAUUUAUUGGUUGGUGCACUUGGAAUGUAUUGUAUGUAUGCUAGAACUAACUUGAGGCUGUUAGCUGUACAUAGAGGGCAUUAGCUAUAGGUAUAGUGAUACUCAUGUUGGUUACCUUAGAUGCUGGAUUCAGAAACUGUUUGAAGCAACAACUUAGGGAUCUCCCAUGUCAUCAUUCACUAAUCCUACUAACCCAGACAUUCGCAUGGCUGCUGCUGCUGCUGCUAUGAGACAUAGCAAUAGAGCUGCUUAAUCAACAUCAGUAUAAAGGAGGCAGCACCAUGGUGAGGACAAGCUUUUGGUGGUUGGGGCGUUGGCCCUAUUAUUUCAGGCUGAAAUAGAAGCCGAGCAAGAUUGGGACUUGCAAGUCCCAUUGGUUCACAGUCCUAGGUACUAGAAAGUGACCUUUUUGGCUACCAUAAUUUAAGCAGAGUCGUUGGCCUCCGGUAAAUGUUACCUCUCGGUUAUACUGAAGUUGCCAAUUUGUCAUAACUGAACUUCUUUAUUUUUGGAGAUUCCAUGACUUAGCUGAUAGAUAGACUGCUUUAGACAUGAUAUACUAUAGGCAUCUGGCAACGGCAUGGUUGCCUUGUUGAGGUUAAUAGAAAGGGCCCUCGUGGGCUGUGUGGUUGUUCUUGUCCACUUCAAAUCUCAUCUUCUCUGGGAGCAACUAAUCAUCCUCGAUUUCCUGUUA